AUGAAGUUGCGCAGCAACUCUUCCCUUCAGCAGAUGCUGGCAGAGAUGGGCAUCAUCCGGAAUGGCAUUACGUCCAACAACACGGAUUUGACAGAGUUCAAAAGGAACACUGCCACCGUGCAACAGCAGAUGCAGUCACAGAUCUCUGAUGUACGGGACAAGCUCACCGACGCGUACACAGAGAUCGCCAACAUGAAGAAAACGAAAAGCCAGUUUGAGCAAGAGGUCCAUGCAGAGAGCCAGUCUCUGUCGGAGCAGUUGCAGUUCAAGACACUGGAGCUAGAAACCCUCAAGAAGGCGUAUGCUCACACGCAUCAGCAGCUCCAGCAGCAGAUUAUCCAGUUGCAAACAGAGGUGAAUGAGCUCAGGACGAAGGGGGAUGAUGUGAACAGGCAGCAGCAUCUCACCUUCGAGCAAAGUGUGAACAAGGUCUCCGAGGUGGAAAUGGCAGCACAGUAUACGAACAACGAGAUGAAGAGGCUCCGCAGUGAGCACGAUCAGGCCAUAGCAAGUCUCGCUGAGAACAUGAACAGGUGGAAUGAAGCUGUGAGAGACCUCUCAAAGGAAUUCCAUGACUUCCAAAAGGUCAUGAACGUGAAUCACCAGAGGCUGCAAAGCUCUGUUUGGGAGGUGCAGGGCAAGAUGGGCCAGGGCCCCGUGCAAAGUCCCCAGGCUCGGCCUGGUUGGUGA